ACUUUAUUCAAAACAAGAACCGUCUUCAGUCUUCAUUCUUUGGCAACAUUCCUCGUGAGACGCAAGUGUCCUGUGUUGCAAGAAAUGGGCUCGAAUAUGUCGAACAAUCGAAGGUAGAGCUCUCCAAUUGUUCCGAAUUAAUUGACCAGUAAUGAAUGUGAUAUUGUGAUAGACAUAUAUAUUUUCUUUAUGUAAUGAUGUUUAUUAGUGGUAUGGUUAGUUUAGCUGUUUUGGGCAUUAUUAGUGCGAUAAAUAUUGAUAAUGAGCUCAGGAUUAUUAAAGUCGAUUGUUAUGAGAGGAUACAAAUAGGCCAAAGACUUAGUCCUAGUAUGGUAUAUAAGUCAUUUAAUUACAACACUGUAGGAGAUUGUAAAAAGGCGUGCUCUGAAGAAAAAUCGGCUUGCAAAAGUUUCAGUUUUGGAAUUUCCGCCAAAGGGAAUGCCACUUGUGAGCUAAGUUCAACAUUAAUUAAAGAAACACCAGAUUCUAAAACAGCUGGGACGGAACCGAAUGUUGACUUUGACUUAUAUGUAAAAAAACCCGGUUGUACGGUAGUGACCGAAAAGCAUCCACACCACAAACCUACAGAUGAUCAUUUUGUGAAACCCACUACAUUGGGCAAAGUACCUUUAGAAGAAAUUGGGCAUCCUCCACAUCCAGGUUCAUAUCCACAACCACAAGAAGGCAUUCAAAAUGUACACACUUUAGUAAGCAUAGCAAGUGGCCCUCAAUCUGUAUUGAAUCCAGUCCAUGGAAUUCUAGUGGCUCCUCAAGAACAGGAAAACCAUGGGCUCGAAAAUGAAGCCUUUCCGUUUUUAAGUGAGAACUAUAGCGAGCAUUAUGGGACAUUUGGACAUGGUUUUGGUUCUUGGGAUUUUGGAACCGAGUUUAUGAAAUUUGAUCGUCCAGAUUUUGCACCUUUAUAUCAAGAUAUAGACAGACAAGAUAAUAGCUAUUAUUUUAGAUAUGGAGAGAGGCCGCAGAAACGUCCACAUUCUCCAAAGAACGAUUAUCCAAGAUAUCCCAACCCAGAUAGAUACGGUUCUGUGAUACCACAUCCAAACCACUAUUAUCAAAGGCCAACAGCUGAACAAUUUCCGUAUCCAAUUUACAGACCAAAUAGUAUAGAACGACCGGAAUACCACUACCAUCGCCCAUCUAGACCAUACGACGACAAGCCAAUUGAAGAAAACAUUCCUUUGAAGCAACCCACCUCCAAGCCAGUGACUAUUUCUCUAAUUUACGAAAUAGAAACUCAUCCAACUUUAGUUCAGAAGCCCCAAACCAAGCCUGUUUACGAAACAGGCCCAAACGAAAAUGAAGAUAAACAUCCGCUAUAUGGGGUUCAGGAGUAUAGUGAAAAACCUAUUACCACACAUAGUACCGGCUAUAAUGGAGGAGAGAUAACGUCAAUAAUAACAGAAAUUAAAGAAGCUUGUUUCAGACGAGUGUUAGCUGGAAAAAGGAUAUCGCGUGGACUGGUUAGACGAGCGUUAUCCUGUGAGAGCGUCGAAGAAUGCCAAAAGGAAUGUGCUGAUGAAAAAAUAUUUGCUUGCGAAGGUUUCAAUUACAGGUUAGACCCUUCGGGCAGAGCAAAAGGUGACUGUGAACUUCUCAGCGUACCUCUAUCCCGACUAGAUGUAUAUAGAGAUAGUUAUCCGGAUCCGGACUAUGAUUACUAUGAAAGAGACAGGAACGCUGCUGCUUUAAAUUGCAGACCAGGGCCACCAAGCCGACCUUACAAUAACUACAAUAACUAUGAUGGUUACAGACAUGAUAUAAGAGAUGGAUAUGACUAUGGUUCUAGAAACAGGUGGCCUGAUAGAAGAUAUGAUUAUGUUCCCAGACCCGUUGUUAGUUACCAUGGUUCUGUCGAUUACAGAGGAGCAGAUCGAUGGAGGAACGACGAAUAUUAUCGAAAACCGAUUCGUCCUGAAAUCGAUAGAAGAUACGACUAUGGGCCAGACAGCAGGCGAAGAGGAGAUCACUACCUUCCACGUCCAAAUCAGGAUGACAGAAAUAACAACAGAAGGUAUUUUAAUGACCAUAUUUUACCUCAAAAACCUCCUCCUUAUAGUCCAAAAGGAUACGACACACCGCCUUACUACAAGUACGAAAAGAAGUUCCCAUGGGGUUUCGAACAUCACCAUCGAUAUGGUGAGGGUUACGACUACCCAGUGCCCAAGAAGAACUUUUAUCUUCCUCCUUCAAGAACGGAUGAUUCAAUCAACGAUUUGAACUGGGGUCUCUAUCAUAAAUUUCAAAAUAAUUACAGCCACUGGGGGGAUAAAUAUGGAGGUACUUAUGGUGUACCUCAUGGUGGUUAUUUGCCUCCAGAACCUGAGCUGGUUCCACCUUCUGUUGGGAAUUAUUUACCAGCAGGCAAACCAGUUGACGAUACUGGUAUAUUCAGAGUUCCUGAUAGUGCUUUGCUCCCUGUUGAACAUAGACGACCUAUAUAUAAUAUUCAAGAAGACUGUUCUCUCAGAAGUGUAACUGGAUUUAAGCUGCACAAAAGAAUUGUAAAGAAAUAUUUUGCAGUUCCCAACAUUUACGAAUGUGAGGUAUUAUGUUUUAAGGAAAGAGAUUUUCUAUGUGAAUCAUACGCAUAUCGUUAUACUAUAACUGUGUCAGAGCCCACACAUAAUUGUUAUCUAAGUAACUUAAACUAUAAAGAACUAGACCACUACACGGAUCUAGAACCAGAUAGAGAUUUUGAUAUCUACACCAUGAAUAACAAAAACAGAUGUAAUCAACCGGCGAUAGAAAGAAGAGAUGAUAGUGAUUGCUUUUGGAGAGUCAGGAGUGGUGAACGUUUACACCAAAAAAUUGUUAGAGACUCAUUGAAGGCAAAUUCUAUUGUAGAUUGUCAAGUGGAGUGUUUGUCAUCUACUAAAUUUACGUGCAGAGCAUAUAGCUAUAGAUAUGGUCCACCCAUUGUUAGAGGCUCAAUUGAUAACUGCCAGUUAACCGAUUGGCCAUACUAUGAGCUGGACCCCAGAGCUCAUUUUGAACCUGAACCUGGAUUUGAAGUUUAUGAGAGAGGCAGUUUUGGUCAUGGUUGCGAAACAGGCCACUUCGGCAUUAGAGGUCAUCUCGACAAUCGGCCCAAACAGCUAAACCCCGAUCAACUUUGUUACAUUGGAUUUGGUUCACCAGCAAGAUUGCUACCGCAAGCUAUUAAAAAAUCACUACAUGUGUCUUCAGAAUUAGAAUGUAAAGAAGAAUGUACAAGAGCAAGGUUGAAGUCACUUUUUCAAUGCAUGUCAUUUAGUUUCUGGUCCAAGGGUUCACGUAAUGUACCAAACUGUUAUCUCUCAGACAUUUAUCAAAGAGAUUUAUUGGCGAAACUAGACUACGUCUACGACCCGAAUGCAUUGCUAUUUGCUUGGGACAAUUACAAUCCUGAUUGCGUAUUACUGGCUAAUGAUCCCGUUCACACUAAUCAUAUAUCAGGAGGAGGACCGAUUGAUAGAGACUACUUUUCUCACGCCCUUGACACAUGGCGUGUUUACAGUGUUAACGGAUGGCCUUGCAAACGAGGAGCUCUGUGUAAAGAAAACGUACGAACUGGAUUUUGGUUCUGCGAAAUAGAAGGUGGUGAGCAUGGUGCUUGGGAUUACUGUUGUAGACCGGACCAUCAAUGUGGUGCUUCCAAUGGAUACCCCUAUCUGUGGUGUUAUGUUGGACCAGAUAGGACACAAUGGCGAAGAUGUAACGAUAGAUAUUAUCCUUAUAUACACAAUACAGAUAGGAUAGUCGAUGGAAAAUACCUGCCUCCUGGACAAAGUCGGCCUUGGAGGCCGCCACUCUUUAGGCCCGAUAGGCUACCAUCACAAAACCCACUACCACCUCCUAAGCCAAGUCUUGAUCAGUACGAAAUGAUCUUUGAUGAGGAAUUCUUAGAACCUCCGAAGCCAGGUGGUCUUGGACAGCCUCGACAUUGGCCAGUAUCAUAUCUGCACAAAGAGAUGCCGCCAAAUGUGACAGACUCCCGACUGAUGCGAAUGACAGCAGACACGAAAUACUCUGCAAUUCAAAACUUAAUAGAUGUAAUAAAAAAUAACGACCUAAAAAGCGUACAAUAUCAUAUAUCGAAUCAGUCAAACAAUAAGGAUGACGUCCUUUUUGUCAAAAUACCCUUACCUACAAAUUUUACAAUUGAGAGCACCACGACCCCUUUAACCAUAGAUUUAGAACCGAUUACGUUAGAUGAUGACGCCAUUGAAUCAAAAAGGUUCCAGAAAUCGUUGCCGCAGUUUGUAACUAAGGAAGAUAGUACUGUUAAUCUGCAACAGUUUCAGACAUCUCGGCCACGUUUUGUAGAAUGGAACACCAAACAAGAAACAACAGAAGUACCGGAGAGUUCGUUCGCAGAGAUAUCAAAGCCGAGUUCAGUUUAUAGAAGAGGAUUUAUAGAAAGAGCCAAUGUUACAACACACGGAAGACGUCUCAGAUGAAAAUUUUUAGCACAAAACACGGUUCCAGCACCAACUUUUAAAGAGAUCUCAGUUCAAUAAUGUCUACAAAAUGAAGUUUGUGAACACCAUUUUAUACAAAAAAACUUUACUACAUAUUUUUAAAUAAACUUUCUAUAUAAUUCUA